ACUGAGGAUGGGUUCUGUGACUUACUGGGAAUGUGCCCUUGGGAGCUGCUUCAGAGUCCCCGGGUGGACAUAACCCUCCCUAACACCAAUGAGCUCCCCCUCCCACACCCCUAAUCCAUCCCCAACCCAGUCCCCAUCCCAGUCCCGAUCUAACCACGCUGAUAAUCCAACCACCCAGCAGCCUCUUUCUGGCUCUGGAGGCCCUUCCCCUUCCCCCACCCGGGGGGCUUCCUCCCGCCCAACCUCUCACAACCCUACCCCAGCUGCCUCUCAGCCUUCCUCCCGAGCUUCCUCCCAGUCUCCCAGCCCCCAUGUCCAGCACGUGCCACGAGGGUCUACUCAGGUCCCUACUCCUCCAGCCUCCAAGUCCCCCUCCCAGACUGGACUUAAAGCCCUCUCUCGAAACCCUUCCCUGACGCCCCCGGUGACCAUUACCAGGUCCCCUUCCCAUAGCCCUGUCACCUCGGCCUCCUACAUCGGGCCCAUCCGUUCCAUCCCUUCCUACAUCGCUCCCUAUGUGCCACGCUUCAUGAAAGAGCCCCCCUAUUUCCAGCCCCCUACAGCACCUCUUCCACAAAAUCGGUGCUUCCCCUGCCCCUUCCCAUGCCAGGCCCAGCAAUCCAGGCAGCCACCGCCGCCACCUCCUGACUCUCUCUACUUCCCCCUCCUGCCACCCCCUCCUCACAUCCCCCAGUUCCAGUGCUCCUUCCCCACACCCCCUGCCCUGUUCACACCCCCAUCCUCCCUCUCCUACACUCCACCGACGGAGGUCCUGCUGAAGGGGAAGCCACACGUGGUUCCGUCCGUGCUGCCAGCCACCUUCUACACCCCAUUCUCCCGAUUCUACUCCCAGCCCCGGCCCUACCGCUACCACAGGCGCUUAACACUGCCCUCGCUCUCCCUUCAAUACGAUGGUUCUGGACGCUCUGUCCACUUCUAUCGUGGGUCCUAGGCCUCACACCUAUUUCGGACUGGAAACCUCUGCCAGUAAAUUCAAGCUCCUGCAUCCAGA